AUGGCAACAGUACACAGCAGGGCAAACGGCAAUGGCACUACCGUGAGGUCUGUCAAGCCCGAACAGGCAGAGGACGAGAACAUCUUCCUUUUCAUACCCAACCUGAUCGGCUACUUCCGCAUCGUCCUUGCUGUAGCCUCCCUCUACUACAUGCCCCUCCACCCACGCACAUGCUCCAUCCUCUACAGCGUAUCUUGUCUCCUCGACGCCUUAGAUGGCUAUGCAGCCCGCGCCUAUGAACAGGGCACAAAGUUUGGCGCGGUUCUGGACAUGGUGACAGACAGGUGUACCACAACCUGUUUGCUCGUGUUCCUGGCGCAAGCGUUCCCGCGUUGGAGCAUUGUGUUCCAGGCGCUCAUCAGUCUGGAUCUGGCGAGCCACUACAUGCACAUGUUUGCGACAUUGAGCAUGGGCGGGGGUGAUCAGAGCCAUAAGAAUGUGGAUGAGUCGAGGAGUUGGCUGUUGAAGCAGUACUAUUCGAACAAGGUCGUGCUAACACCCGCUCAGAAAGUCCUCUUCACCUUCUGCGCCCUCAACGAAGCCUUCUUCAUCGCCCUCUACCUGCUCUCCUUCUCCUCGCCCCUCCUCUCCCCAACUCUCUUGGCGGACCACAACAACCCGUCCUCUAUCCAGCCCGGGUCGCCCGCGGCCCCAAAACCAUCGACGUUCUUCGCCAGCCCGUUUUCAGCAGCUGCCAUGGAGAUGGCUCGCGCGAACAAGAUGGACUCGACAGUUCCGUGGAUCGUGAUGGUCGCCUCUUGCCCUGUUAUGAUCCUCAAACAAUGGAUCAACGUCGUUCAGAUGGUCAAGGCUAGUCAGUGGCUGGCUGAGGGAGACAGGGCCACGAGGAAGAAGGAAGGCCUGCCCAGGAAGGAUAAGAAGAGCCAAUGA